AUGGCCGCAAGCCCAUACCCGGUCUGGGGAUCGCUGACCCCUGGGGUAACAAACAGCGGACAGGCAACGCCCAAUUCACCAGGGUCAGUGAACAACGACCUAGUUACUAUGCUAAUUAAGCGAUUAGAUAGUAUGGAUAGUAAACUUGCUCGCCUAGAUUCCAUACAGUCUAGUGUAAACACUAUAAAUACCAGAAUACAAAGCAUGGAUACAAAGAUCAAUGAUCUUGAGAGCAAGGUGCGUGACAUCGAGCGGAGUCGCGAAUUUGACAGCCAAACCUUAUCCGAAAUAAGUAAACAACAUAAAGACUUAGACAGCUUUACCCAAAAAAUGAAAAAGUUUGAAGAGGAGCAUAGGAGAGCGCAUCGGAUCGGUCCCUACCAAGGUGAUAAGACCCGGCCGAUUGUGGCCAAGUUCUCCGACUUCCCUGAUCGUGAGAAAGUUCGUCGGGCGGCGAAGGAACUAAAAGGAACACAGUACGGGAUCUCGGAACAGUUUCCUAAGCAGGUUGUGGAGCAGCGCCGGAAACUGGUUCCCAUCAUGCUCCAGGCCCGGAAGGACGGCAAAGAGGCUUUUAUUAAGGUCGAUAAGCUAUUUAUCAACAACCAUCUCUACCGCGGACCCUGUUAG